CCUUCUUAAGCGCCUCCCGCCGGGCCGUCGCUCCCGCUCGCUGCGCGCGCUCCUGCCCCGCCUUCCUUACCUCCCCGGGUCCUCGCGGCUCUCGCGGCCGCCCCGCAGCCCCCGCCCAGGUGCCAUGGCCGCUGUGUACCGCCCCGGCCUGCGGCUUAGCUGGCCUGGGCUGAGCCCCUGGGGCUGGUCAUCCUGGCGCAGCAUCCAGACCCUGCGGGUACUCAGUGGAGAUCUGGGCCAGCUGCCUGCUGGGGUUCGAGACUUUGUGGAGCGCAGUGCCCACCUGUGCCAACCAGAGGGCAUCCACAUCUGUGAUGGCUCUGAGAGUGAGAACACUGCCACACUGACCCUGCUGGAAAAGCAGGGACUUAUCCGAAAGCUCCCCAAGUACGACAACUGCUGGCUGGCCCGCACAGACCCCAAGGAUGUGGCACGAGUAGAGAGCAAGACGGUGAUUGUAACUCCUUCUCAACGGGACACAGUGCCCCUCCCCGCCGGUGGGGCUCGUGGGCAACUAGGCAACUGGAUGUCCCCAGCUGAGUUCCAGCAAGCUGUGGAUGAGAGAUUCCCGGGCUGCAUGCAGGGCCGAACCAUGUACGUGCUUCCAUUCAGCAUGGGUCCCGUGGGCUCCCCACUGUCCCGCAUUGGGGUGCAGCUCACUGACUCAGCCUAUGUGGUGGCAAGCAUGCGCAUUAUGACCCGGCUGGGGAUGCCCGUGCUUCGGGCCCUAGGAGAUGGCAACUUUGUCAAGUGUCUGCACUCGGUGGGCCAGCCCCUCACUGGGCAAGGGGAGCAGGGGAGCCAGUGGCCAUGCAACCCAGAGAAAACCCUGAUUGGCCAUGUGCCUGACCAGCGAGAGAUCGUCUCCUUCGGCAGCGGCUAUGGUGGCAACUCCUUGCUGGGCAAGAAGUGCUUUGCCCUUCGCAUCGCCUCUCGGCUGGCCCGGGACGAGGGCUGGCUGGCGGAGCACAUGCUGAUCCUGGGUAUCACCAACCCGAUGGGGAAGAAGCGCUACGUGGCAGCAGCCUUCCCCAGUGCCUGUGGCAAGACUAACCUGGCCAUGAUGCGGCCAGCACUGCCGGGCUGGAAAGUGGAGUGUGUGGGGGAUGACAUUGCCUGGAUGAGGUUUGACAGUGAUGGUCGACUCCGGGCCAUCAACCCUGAGAAUGGCUUCUUCGGGGUGGCCCCUGGUACCUCUGCCACCACCAAUCCCAAUGCCAUGGCCACAAUCCAGAGUAACACUCUCUUCACCAAUGUGGCUGAGACCAGCGAUGGUGGAGUAUACUGGGAGGGCAUUGACCAGCCCCUUCCACCCGGUGUCACCGUGAUCUCCUGGCUGGGCAAACCCUGGAAACCUGGAGACAAAGAGCCCUGUGCACAUCCCAACUCUCGCUUUUGUGCCCCGGCUCGCCAGUGCCCCAUCAUGGACCCGGCCUGGGAGGCCCCUGAAGGUGUCCCCAUCGAUGCCAUCAUCUUUGGAGGCCGCAGACCCCAAGGAGUACCCCUAGUAUAUGAGGCCUUCAACUGGCGCCACGGGGUGUUUGUGGGCAGUGCCAUGCGCUCGGAGUCCACUGCAGCAGCAGAACACAAAGGGAAGAUCAUCAUGCACGACCCAUUUGCCAUGCGCCCCUUUUUUGGCUACAACUUUGGGCGCUACCUGGAACACUGGCUGAGCAUGGAAGAGCGCAAGGGGGCCCGGCUUCCCCGCAUCUUCCACGUCAACUGGUUCCGGCGGGAUGAGGCAGGCCGCUUCCUGUGGCCAGGCUUCGGAGAGAAUGCUCGGGUGCUAGACUGGAUCUGCCGGCGGCUAGAGGGAGAGGACAGUGCCCAAGAGACGCCCAUCGGGCUGGUGCCCAAGGAAGGCGCCUUGGAUCUCAGUGGCCUGGGAGCUGUAGACACCACCCAGCUGUUCUCACUCCCCAAGGACUUCUGGGAACAGGAGGUUCGUGACAUUCGGAGCUACCUGACAGAGCAGGUCAAUCAGGAUCUACCUAAAGAGGUGUUGGCUGAACUGGAGGCCCUGGAGGGACGUGUGCGCAGGAUGUAACCUGAGGCUCCAGGCUAACAAGAAAGCACAGCAUCCCCCAUCCCUUCCUACCCCCCAUCUAGGGAUAGGAGAGCCACCAGGCUUGCAGAAAAUAUGAGUAAUUUGAUAUAACUGACAUCUGGGUGCCAUGAAACCAGGCCACAGACUUUCUCUGGCACUCUGUCCAAUAAGAUGCUCAUUUAUUUUCCACAA